AUGUCCGAUCGCAAGGCCAAGAAGCCUCGCACACGCCAGGUGUCGGCUGGAGUCGACAACUUGUUGAGCAACAGCGUGGAGGCAGACAAGAAGUACGUGGCGGCCCAGCUCGAUCUCAACGAAGAGAUCGCCCCCGUGAUUGCUUCGAUGAUCAGGGAUGGGGAGAUCUUGCGGGCCUUGGAGCGCCGCAAGACACAGGCACUGAGCACUCAGGUGGGGGUCAAGCUCGGUCCCAGGGUGAAGAAGUUCAGGAACUUCUCGCCGCGGAUGUGGAAGUCGCUCCUCGCAUCGCUUCUGGACUUGGAGACGCUCGACGACUUCUUCCCAACGAACUACCAGGGCGAGCAGAUGACGGACAAGCAGGUCGCAGCGUUGUGCAAGUUCGGCCUUCGUGUGACUGAUGACACGGACGUGCCCAAGGACUACGACGCCCGUGGCUACGAGGGCCCCUUGUUCUGCAUCCUGAAGUGUCGGUACAACGCCGUCGGCCGCCCCUUGGAAGGCAUUAACCACACCAAUUGGGACACGUGGGGCUGGUUCUCGAAGCACCCCGACGACAUCACCAAGGUCAGGUGCGCCUUCCUCCCCGACGUGGCGAUCAGCUUGGGCUACACGACCGAGUUUUUGCAGACGAAGACGGCCCUGAAGAUCAUCAAGAAUGACACGCUGGACUUGGCGACGCUGGUGGACGAGCCCUCAGGGUUCACGCAGAACCUGAAGAAGGUCCUCGAUGCCCACGACUCGAACCACGGGUUUUCGCAGACCUCCGACCCCUUCGAGUACCCAGACGGAGCGUCCCAGUUUCGUGGUGUCGUGGAGCGCAGCAACGGUUUCAGUGGCCCAGCAUCGCCCUCCACGCCAGCGUCUGCGGGCCCCUCAGGUGCGGCUGCUGCCGCCGUGUCGCCAGCUGCGCCUUUGGCACCAAUCGCAGCGGCGCCACCUGAGCUCCCAGCUGGGGUCAUGCGGAGCUCGGGCAAGCGCACCACCGAUGAUCAGGAGAAGUGCUGCGCGGGGAAACGGAAGGUCUUGCGCCGCCACGGUACGUUGGUGACGAGGAGCGCCAUCUCCGUCAACAAGGAGAUGAAAGAGCAGAUGGACUUCUACUUCCUCAACGGCCAGGUGCAAGUGCUCACGCUGACGGGUGCCCACGUCCCUGGCGCAGAGCACCUCGUCCAGGAGCACUUCGACGAGUCCGUGACCUUCAAGAUUCUCGAAGUCGAGUACUCCAGCUGCGACCCGUCCUCUGCCGAGCACAUGCAGGCGCACGGCAAUCGCUGCAUUGGCGAGCUACUGAUGGUGGUUUCCCGCGGCAUGAGUGUCAAGCCAGGUGAGCCGCUGCGCAGCACGAUUCGCGAGGUCUUUGCCGAGAUCGCGGAUCGCGAUUUGCGGGAGGAGCUCCAGGCCGACCAGGACACCCAGGAGCUGAACGAGGAGGAGUCUUCACCAGAAGAGGUUGCGGUUUCAGAGAGCGACUGA